CUGCUCUUUGUGUAGUUCGCUUGCGGCACUGACGGAGCCCGGUCAUCAGAAGCCGUCGUCGCGCUUAACCCGAGUGUGUUUCAGCCGCAGUUCUUCUACGUGUGUGCCUGCAUGCUUGUGUGUGUAUGUGUGCGUAUGUGUGAGUGUACGGAAAAGUGCCUUAACAAUAGCCGAAAUUUAAGAUCUUGUUACGUGAUUAAAUGCAAUAUAAAAUCUAGUUGGAGUGCUGCUUAGCCGUGGACUUGACAACAAUUGGAGCAGGGCUUCUGUGCAAAGACCGUCGGCAACUUCUCUUGGAUAGUGUGCUUUGAAUUAUUAAAUACCUUAACACAAAAUAAAUAAAUAAAUAAACCAUCAAGAUUGCAAAAGGCGUCCAAAGAUCACAGCAGAGAAAUCAAAUAUUUAAAAUUUAAAUAUAUAAAAAUUUAUAAUAGAAGCUGCCCGCUGGUAACUUGGCCGACUUGCUGGCUUUUGGAUUAUGGGCAUAUCGGAGGAGGUCAAGCUGGAGGAACUACCGCAAGAAGCCAAGCUAGCACACCCACAUCCGGAUGCCGUGGCCGAACGUGGUGUGGCAUCAGCCGCGGUCUCAGCUUCUGGUGCGGUGCCUAGCGGCGCCAGCGGCGGCACCAACAGCCCCAUCUCGGACCCCAACAGCGACUGCGAGGCGGACGAAUAUGCGCCCAAGCGCAAGCAGCGCAGGUAUAGAACCACAUUCACCAGCUUUCAGCUGGAGGAGCUGGAGAAGGCCUUCUCGCGCACCCAUUACCCCGACGUAUUUACGAGGGAAGAGCUGGCGAUGAAAAUUGGAUUAACCGAGGCGCGGAUUCAGGUCUGGUUCCAGAAUCGGCGCGCCAAGUGGCGCAAGCAGGAGAAGGUUGGACCUCAGUCACAUCCAUACAAUCCGUAUCUGCCCAGCGGCGCGGCGAGCAUGCAAACUGUGGUGGGUGCCGCCCUGCCGCCCAAUCCGUUUACCCAUUUGGGCUUCCAGCUGCGUAAGCCAUUCGAUUCGCCCGCCAAUUUGGCCGCCUUUCGCUAUCCGCACUUGUCGGCGGCUCCAAUGAUACCAUCCGGCUACUUCAAUCAGUUCCAGCGUGCACCGCCGCACAUGCUGCCGCCGGGCAUGGCAUCGAUGUAUUCGCCCUCGAGCUCCUUUCAGUCGCUGCUGGCCAAUAUGACGGCUGUGCCGCAUAGCCGUGCGCCGCCCAUGCCCACCCUGGCCGCCAAGCCGCCGAUGCUGGUGGGCUCGCCUGAUAUGCAUUCGCCCAACAAUCAUAUGAUGGCCUCGCCGCCCAACUCGCCCAGCUCGCAGCUGUCGCAGUCGGCGCCAGUGACGCCCUCGCAGCAACCGCCCCCACCGCCGGCGCAGCUGUCGCCACAGCAGCUAGUUGGCAUCUCGCUGACGCAUCAGGCGCCGCCCGCCGGCUCGCCCACACAAACGGCGCCUGUCGCCCUGACCUUGGCUCACGCGCACUCGCACUCGCAUUCACAUACGCAUUCGCAUUCGCACUCACCGCAACGGCAGCUGGCGCAGCCAACACGAUCCGCCACGCCGCCCGAGGAUCGACGCACCUCGUCCAUAGCUGCGCUGCGGCUUAAAGCGCGCGAGCACGAACUCAAGCUGGAGCUGCUGCGGCAGAAUGGCCACAGUGGCGAUGUGGUUAGCUAGCCAAGCAGCAAUAUAAUUCAAUUGGUUAACUGUAGUUCUAAGCCCUUAAGUUAUUCGAAAACGGACCUUGCAUCUUAUGUUUGUAAAAGAAUUCACGGAUUUUCCAUUAAUAAAAUCAAGCACAGACGUCAAAGUGUUUGUGAUAUACACAGAAA